CCGAUCGCGCGCUCAAGCCACUGAAGCGCGGGCACGAAUGAGUGGUUGAAAGCCGGAGUGAGUCGGUUCAUUGACGUUUGGCACCCGAUUCUCCCGCUUCAGGUACACGAAUCAGGUUAUUUAACCGGCUCUUCGGUCAGUUCGUCAAAACACCUUCGAGCGCGAGCAGAGAUUAACCUCGCGAGCAAAAGUUCGUCUCGCGCGAGAUAUUUUCUCGCUCGCGGAUGUUUGAUUUACGCGUCCACGUCUUCCCGACUGACGACAAUUGUGAGAUUGUGAAUAAUGGACUAAACUAUUUUUACAUUAACAAUGCCCAGUGGUCAUCAAUGGUGGACUGUACUUGCACUUGGAAACUCCAAUGUGAGUAAUUUAUCCUUCUGCGUUUUCAGAGCGACGCAAGGACACGAGUGCGUCACACGACGUAAAGACGCAGAAACACGCAGCGGCCUUAACAGAGGAAAUUUGAAAUGCUUAAAAACAGAAUAGCCCGCUGAGCAUCUCCUGCCUUGUAGAAAGAAAGACACACAAUAAAACACCACAAACCUCUCAAUUAAAGUUGUGAUGCGUAUUUCUUUUUACCACAGGGAUGCCGGUUCGGGGCUGAAACUAAUGAUAGUCUCCAAUGUCAAUAAAUGUAAUGUAUACGAUGAAAGCAUUCUUUUGAUUAUUCAUUAUUCUUCUGGAAAAAGGACAAGUAUCUGACCUUUUAGGCUCAAAUAAAAUCCAGACUGGAAGAUUUCUUGUAACUGUGGACACUAAAGCAGAAUAGAAUUGUCAUUUGUUUCACAAAUUGACCAAUGUAAAAUAUCACCUCAUCAAAAUAUGUAAAAUAUCACCUCUGGGCUCACUAAGAGACCAGUCCUGCCCAGGCCUCUGAGCAACGUCAGAUGAGCCUCUCUUCAUCGCCUUUGAGGCCUAGGAACUAUACCCAACCUCCACUUGUCCUCUGCCAUAGCGCCGUCCAACGGGACCUUCAGGGGAGCUGAGGUGGAGGGUAAUUUGGGGGAAGAGGCUUUAAAACUGCUCCCAUGUCUCUGUUAGCUGUCUCUUUUUCUGUCUUCUGUCCCAUACUGCUUUCUGUGUCUCCGUAUCUCUAUUUCAGGCCUGACCACAUAAUGACAGACCUGCUGUAUAUUAAAGGACCCUGCCCAUGCGUCCUCCUCCUGUCGCCUCCCUCUUCUCUGGCCUUUAUAAGCCUCUCACACAGGAGAGGGCGGUGGGGGGUCACUACUUUCAAAAGAGGGACAGCGCACAGGCUUCUGGACGGCUCGGCGGAUUCGGAAAAACCCCCGACUUAUUCGCCCCGCGGAUCUCCCAUCCAAACUCUGACCAUGGACAACCACUCGUACAACUUCCCCUCGGACUGCACGCCGCUCACCAACUGUAAGUCCGCCCGUAAGCCGGCCGGAUCCACCGUGGUGAACAUGGACGCCGGCAACAACCCUCCGCGCGACUAUCUGGUCUGGUCGCUGUGCAACACCUUGUACGUCAACUUCUGCUGCCUGGGAUUCAUGGCGCUCGUCUACUCCAUCAAGGCCAGGGACCAGAAGACUCAGGGCAACCUGCAGCUGGCCCAGGAGUGUUCCGACAAGGCCAAGUGGUACAACAUCCUGGCAGGCGGCUGGAACCUGCUGAUUCCACUUCUGGCCGUCGGGCUGCUCGUCCUCCUGCUCGUCCACCUGGGCUCCUCCCAGGGCUCGUUCGACUUUUUCGGAGAGGAUGGCUUCCAAAACUUUAUGAAGCUGUUUAGCUGGUAGACGGAGGGCAAGAAAAAAAGAAGAAGGUAAUAAACACACAUGGGUCUCAAAGUCGACCCGUCCUCAUAAACAGGGAGAGGGGAUUGUAGACAGCUCCUAAAUAUUUUCAGCCAAUUCAAGCCACAAAGCAAAUCAAUCUGGGCUGACAUCUAUUCAGCACCCAACGAAUAAAAGUAGUGAGAAGGAAACGUCUUCUAUUACAAGAAGGUCGUCUUUGGGAUGCACCAGUUCUGAUGCUGGUGUUGUAAAUUCUGGCCCAUGAAACCGGUUACACAUUAGCACAUGAGCUGGAUAAGACUUAAUACUUCUGGACCUCUGAGAACAAAUGAUGGUGUUCAGGUUGGUAGAAAUGUGUCGGUCAAAGACCUGAGAUGGAAACGAGGGGAACAAACAGAGAGAGAGCAUGCAGCUGCUCUGGGUCUUUUCCUUCUUAUUUAUUGUAUUUAUGUUGAACGGUAAAUUUGAUGAUGGCUAAAAUGAUCUCUAGUCAGAGAGAACAGAGGACGGAGGAGCCACAGUCUGCAUAUCGAAUGAUAAUCAACAUUCACCUCCCACCGGUGCUUAUUUAUCUUUUUUCAGCAGCUUUUUACCUUUUGUGAUAACAUACAUCUGCUUUAGUCAUUAUACAUGUAUUCUUAGUAGUAUUUUGUUGCAUUCAUUUUUCCUCAGCUUUUUGCUGACCAUUUGUAAUGGAGCUAAAUAAAGCAGAUACUGUCUCAGUAUUGCCUUACAUAUAACAAA